CAAAUAGUAUUCCAAAGAGUACUCUCUAUUCCAAACUUACAAGCUUCUCUCUCUCCGAUCAUAUCCACACACCAACCCAGCCGUAUGAACAAAAUCCUCCCUAUUUAAGACGGGCGUCGCGUCGCUGGCUUCAACUACGCCCCAAAAUCCACCCUUGGUCCAUUACUCCAUUUGCUCGAAUCCCCAGCCCCCCCGUUCCUGAUCGAUUCUAGAAAUUUCACCCUUUCUCCAGAAUUUUUUUGGCUUGUUUCGGUCUGGGGUUGCAGCGCUCCGCUGCUCCUAGGUUUGAUUUUCGAGCGGUAGCUUGCAUCUCCGUGGGUAAAGAUUGGAUUUUGAGCGGAUUUGGGGGGCGUUUCUGCCUGAUUCGGGACCUCUCACCUCUGUGAGUGUGAGGUAAGGUCCCGGGGUUGGAUUUCGGGGUGGGGGAUUUUUGAUGGUCCAUUGAGAUUCGGCCGGAGCGAAGAUGACGAUCGACAUGUCCAUGCCCGGGAGCUCCGGGCUUCUGAACGCUGUGGGGAAGAGGAACAUGAACUUCUUCAGCAACCGCUAUGUGCUCGCGCUCACGGGCGCCGCAGGGAUCGGCGGAUUCCUCUUCGGCUACGACACAGGUGUCAUAUCUGGAGCCCUUUUGUAUAUCCGUGAUGAAUUUCCAGCUAUCAGAGACAAUUACUUCCUACAGGAAACUAUUGUUAGCAUGGCCUUAGUCGGAGCCAUGCUUGGAGCUGCUGGGGGUGGUUGGAUAAAUGAUGCAUAUGGUCGCAAGAAGUCUACUCUUCUUGCUGAUUUGAUGUUUGCACUUGGCUCAAUUGUCAUGUGUGCUGCUGGCGGUCCUUACAUUCUAAUACUCGGAAGGCUCCUCGUUGGGUUAGGCGUGGGUGUGGCAUCGGUCACGGCACCAGUAUACAUUGCUGAAGCUGCUCCAUCAGAAAUUAGGGGAGGUUUGGUGUCGACUAAUGUACUCAUGAUUACUGGUGGCCAAUUCUUCUCCUACCUUAUCAAUCUCGGCUUUACUGAGGUUCCUGGAACAUGGCGCUGGAUGCUUGGAGUUGCUGCUGUGCCUGCCAUUGUACAGUUUGUGCUGAUGCUUUUUCUGCCAGAAUCUCCCCGUUGGCUUUACUGGAAGGAUGAGAAAGCACAAGCUAUUGCUGUCCUGGAGAAGAUCUACGACUCUGAUCGUUUGGAAGAAGAGGUAGAGCUGCUUGCUUCAUCUUCCAUGCAUGAAUUCCAGGCUGACAAUACUGCAAGCUAUUUGGACAUCUUCAAGUCAAAGGAAUUAAGGCUAGCAUUUUUUGCUGGAGCUGGUCUUCAGGCCUUCCAACAAUUCACUGGGAUCAACACCGUCAUGUAUUACAGCCCCACGAUCGUCCAGAUGGCUGGUUUCACUUCCAACAAAUUGGCCUUGCUCCUUUCCCUCAUUGUUGCUGCGAUGAAUGCUGCUGGGACCAUUGUUGGAAUCUACCUUAUCGACCGUUGUGGCCGCCGCCACCUGGCUCUUACAAGCUUGUCCGGUGUCGUGAUCUCCCUUGUCAUCCUCGCUAUGGCCUUCAUACUGCAGUCAUCAUCCAGCCUCUGCAUGGCUGCCGCUAACGGCACCUGCCAAGGCGUGCUAGGCUGGUUCGCGGUGGCAGGCCUUGCCCUGUACAUCGCCUUCUUCUCUCCAGGCAUGGGCCCAGUCCCGUGGGCUGUGAACUCGGAGAUCUACCCUGAGGCAUACCGUGGAAUGUGCGGGGGCAUGUCGGCCACCGUCAACUGGAUCUCCAACCUCAUCGUGGCGCAGACGUUCCUCUCAAUCGUGGGGCUGGUUGGGACCGGCGUGACCUUCCUGAUCAUCGCUGGAAUCGCUGUGCUGGCCUUCAUCUUCGUGGCACUGUACGUGCCGGAGACGAAGGGCCUGAGCUUUGAGCAGGUGGAGCAGCUCUGGAAGGAGAGAGCGUGGGGAAGCCGUGGCAACUGUCAGAGCCUUUUGGGUGCUGCGCCGUAGGCUAUAAACAUUUUAGCAUUGAUCAAGCAUGGCCGCAACGGUGGCGGCAGUUUUAAGAUGGCUGCGUUGCGCUUGAUCGCCUGCAUCCAGCUUAAAAGAAGGUUCGUAAGAAAGCUGGAUGCAGAUCCAAACUGUACUCUGUGGUUCUGUUGCCUGAUUGUAUGUAAUGGCCGUAGUGCAUAGUGGAAAAUGUUCAGUGUCGGUAAAAGGAUCAGGUCUUGCCGUUACGUUGGGUUGUGCCAGAAGAUUGCCUGUAGACCCACAGAUUUGGGUUAUAUUUUGUACAGCUUUCGGCGCCGAAUGUGCCGGAGAGAAGACAAUUCAAAUUGUUUGGAAACUGAGAAAAAUCUCCUC